CAUAUCUUUUUUGUCCCAACAACAACAAAAAGGCGUUGACAUGUCUGGCUUAUUAUUAAUUUUUUUUCUACCCUCCAAAAGCAUACCCAAAAGUAUCUUUUCGUUGUCCCUCAUAAAUGGGAAUACGAUCUGCCAACAAUUCUUUCUUCUCCACCACUCCCUCUUCUGAUUCUUCUUCUCCUCCUCUCCUCUCUUCUCUUCUUGCGUUCUUAUACCCGCUCAUCUCUUGAAACAGCAAUCGCAGCCUCUUCUUCCCUUCACACCAACACCACAGCUGCUAACAUGGAGUCAGGACCAAUGCCCGCCGGAGUCCCCUUCCCCGAAUACUAUGACUUCUUCAUGGACUGGAAGACGCCCCUUGCCAUUGCUGCCACCUACACUGUCUGCGUCAGCCUCUUCAACCCCAAGGUCGGCAAGGUCUCUCGUGUCGUCGCAAAGUCCUCGAACGCCAAGGCUACCGAGAAGACCGAGUCUGGUGCUGCCAUGACCGCCUUUGUCUUUGUCCACAACGUGAUCCUCUGCGUCUACUCGGCCAUCACUUUCUACAACAUGUUCCCUGCCGUCGUCAACAACUUUAGGACCCACAAGUUGCACGAUGCUUACUGCGACACCGACAAGAGUCUGUGGAACAACGGCCUCGGCUACUGGGGCUACCUCUUCUACCUCUCCAAGUUUUACGAAGUCAUCGACACCAUCAUCAUCAUCCUCAAGGGCCGCCGCUCUUCCCUCCUCCAGACCUAUCACCAUGCCGGCGCCAUGAUCACCAUGUGGUCCGGCAUUAACUACCAGGCCACACCCAUCUGGAUCUUCGUCGUCUUCAACUCUUUCAUCCACACUGUCAUGUACUGCUACUACGCCUGCACCUCCAUCGGCCUCCAUCCCCCCGGCAAGAAGUAUCUCACCUCCAUGCAGAUCACCCAGUUCCUCGUCGGUACCACCAUCGCCAUCUCCUAUCUCUUUGUUCCCGGCUGCAUCCGCACCCCCGGUGCCCAGAUGGCUGUCUGGAUCAAUGUCGGAUACCUCUUCCCUCUCACCUACCUCUUUGUCGACUUUGCCAAGAAGACCUACUCCAAGCGCAGCGCUAUCGCUGCCCAGAAGAAGGCCCAGUAGAGCGGCUUACAGAAUACCUCUUCUCUCUGUUCAUCUCUUCACAUACAUAACCCAUAUUCUCCACAGUGCAUGCAGGCAUACAUGAUAUCCUUCCUAGUUUCUUCGCUCAUCAACAUCACUUGUAUCAAUAAAUAUCCUCAACAUCCUUGCUA